AUGCCAGCAGCGAACAUCGUCUCCGGCUUUGGUCCAGACGGCGCCAACACAACGGAUCCUGGGGAAAUACCUUUCUGGGGUCUUGUGGGUGGGCUGUGCCUAUUCAUCAACGGAAACUUGGCUGUCCUAGUUGGGUAUCUGGUCACAGUGCAUGACUGGGAUCAUCGAUACUUGACUCAAUUCUUGAUGGUCACCAUACAGACUGCUUGGAUUCCCUACAUUACCGACAUGACGUCCGUGGGAAAAGCCUCCCGCUUACCAGCUGAGGAGAAUGUGUUCAUCCCUUUUGAGUAUGAACCAAGCGACGCGGAUGUCCAAUUCGUCGGCGCCAUUGGCAUUGUGGCUAUCCUCACAUACGGAUUUGCCUUCGUUGGAUCUAUUGCCUUUAUGGUUUGGUCCUUGUAUGGCUACACUAAUGGAAAUCAUGAACAGCGAAGUGGAAGCUACUUUAAGGGCCGCCUAGGGUUCUACUCGGGUGUCCUGAGCUUGGCUGGAAUUGCACAGCUCUUGUUGGGUACCUAUUGCUCUGUUAAAUUCAGUGCCAGGACGCUUUCAGAAGGACCAGUUCAUGUUGCCUUUCUUUUUGUUACCUACCCCGUGAUUUCCAUUCUGGUGGGUACAGUCCAGUUUCUCAACGGACUCUGGGGUUUUGCCAGAUCCUACGGCUACCAUUUGGGUGCCAAUGACGUUUCCUUCUGCAUGUCCCUUGCAAUGCAAUGGGUUUUGGUUCUGUCUCUCCAGAUUGUUGCUCAAAUUGGGUACCUUCCCGGAGGGGAGGCAGCUGCCGCCGCCCCCACCGUUGCUGCUUUCAGCCUCGGCCUCAACUUGAUGCCCGCGUAUUUGGACCAAAAGAUGAGAAGUCUUCCGGCAGAGUUCCCCGAGCACUACUAUGCAGCCGCUACGGCCGAUGACACCGAAAAAGGAGUCACCGUCGAACCCACUAUCACUCAGGAAGCUUUGGAAGUUGCUGACCUGGAAGCUCCAUUGCCAGAAUCUGAGUAUCACUUUGCGCAAGUGGAGGCUUGA